UACGUUCAAUUCUUUUGAAAUCCUGCUUUACAAAACCUUAAAGGGAACCUCGGACUUAAAGACUUGUAGGCUCUAAUCAGCCACAAUUGUUCUUUUACCAAAAUAUGCUAUUAGAAACACAUAAAAUAUGGCUAUUAUUCAAAAAUCUAUGAUAUUUAGUACAUGUUUUAACCUACGGAGGGUGCCAUGUUUCAUGCGUGUAAUGGACGCUUGGGGUGAUGACGUAGUUUGUCACUGUCACUAGACGAACACUACCGGUAUUCUGCAAUUCCUUGCUACGCGGCGAGACGUCCAACACACGUGCACAUCGGUUAAAAGCGGCGAGUACUUACGAUUUGUCUUUUUAUUAAGUCUUUUAUUAAUUUUUCAGUGCCUCAAAUUACUUUUUGCAUGUGUUUCCCUCUCAUACUUUAAGCAUUGUGGUUUCUUACUGUAGCUUUAAAGCAGAUUGUUCUGUUGACCACAUUAGUCACGUAGCGUAUUUAAACCACCCUCAUUUGAUAUUACUAGGUAAAAGUAUUUUCGUAAGGCAUCUUUAGUAUGGGCUGUCUGUAUGCAUCUUAACAGAACAAGCCGAAAGCGCACGCUGGUACUUCUGGUGUCAAAUUCGCCUCUUGUAGAACGUUUCGCCGGUGUAGCACAUUUUGGCAGAACACCGGUUUUGUCCUACUCUCUUCUCAUCCUGUUUUUUCUGUUCAUUUUGCUUUUGCUGCUCGUUUUGGGAAAUAUCGACAAUGCUGUCAUGCUCAUUAAUAUUCUUCUCGGGUUCAAAUUGAAAGCGCUGAACAGAUGACACGUUUAUGUCGCUAGAGUCAUACCCUGGAAGCCCGGCAGCAUAAUGGAGUGACGUCACAGUCCUGCGACGUCAACAUCAAUGGCGACUUAGUAGUUAAACUGUUUUACAAAAUGUACAAAACGAAAACAUCAAGAGAAUAUAUAAUUAUUUUAACUCAUAAUUUUUAUAUUUUAAGAACAACAAGUCUUUCUAACUGUGGUUCCCUUUAAAUCCUUUUUUCCCUAUAAUUUUGCACAGCACAAAGUGUAACUCACAUCAGUGACUGUAAAAUUAACACAUGCUUGUAAAUUUUCCGUGCAAGAGCUCAAGAGUUCUGUGUUUUCCCUUUUCGUUUUUUCCUCUUGCCGGUCUUGCUCACCCUGUUCUGGGGACAUUAGCUCAUUAGCCAGACUGCUUUUGAAAGGCUUUCACUGAGGACUAAUGAGCCAAUGCACAUUAUAUUGCAUACUGCAUUUUAAUGCGGAAGGUACAAGUAUGGUUCCAUUAUAUUGAAUUUUAAUUUAUUCUGUCACUAACUACCACAUAGCCCGCUCAACACCCUUCCCCAUAGUUACUGACUGCUUGUAAGGCUACAAUAAUAGCGCAGACCAUGUCUGAUGUUUUUUUCCCCCCGAAAUGGGACAGCUCAAUUGUACGCAGCAAAAUCACUCAUGUGAAUAUGACUCAGAUAGAGUUAAAAUGAACACUUCUUCAGAUUUUAUAUAAUUCUCACUGAUUCGGAAUUGAAGUUUGUAGAGAUAUGUUUUCCCAUAUAUUUGUUCAUUUUACUUGAUAUAUUCAUUUCCAUAUUGUUUUGAUUCAUUUCUGACUUAAUUUGGAUAAGAUAAGAGUACAGCUAUCAGCUUUCGCUGAAGCAAGGUCAAAGCAGAGAACAUCACAUAGCUGCUAGUAAAAUUCCACUGUCUUGUGAGCCACUUCAUGGGCUAACAUGGGGGGCCUGCGGUUAAAUAUCUGACACUGUCUGUGUGCUGUUGAUUUUUUUUUAACAUUCAUGAUGUUGUUUUAUGACACUUGAAAGUGCAUUUUUCGAAAUGAUUUAUUUUCAUACAACAGAAUAGUUAAUUUUAAAUAUUAAUUUUGUUGUUGUUAAGGUUCUGGAUGAGCGGAGGACCCAAGCGCAGAAAAACCUAUAGACCCUACCCACCGACGUCACAAAAUCACGUGCUCGCUGUAUGGUUCCGCCCCCUUGUCCGUCAUUUUGUGUCUGUAUUAUCAAUGGUCUCAAUUGAUCGAGCAAUUUAUAAUGCAUUUCAUGGAAGACCCGGUGCUUUCGGAUGCCGUAAACUCACUUGAUGCGUUGCAUAAAAGGCGUUAUGUGGAAAAGCUUCAGUUUAUCCAUUCGCCAGAUCCAUAUUUGAUGCCUAAAUCGAUGUUUUUCGACCCGCUGUCUCCGCCGUAUUUGCCUGACAUCUGCUAGCUACCCUGAUAUAUACAACUAUCUUGUCCACACAAAAUCAGCCUAUUCUCACGAAAGUUUGAAAAACUUUAAGAGCUUGGAGGCUUAUAAAUACAGUGGUACCUCUACAUACAAUCACUUCGACACACGAUCUUUUCGACAUCCGACGUAAAAUUUGAGCCGCCAUUUGUUUCUACAUCCGACGAGUUGCUCGAAAUACGACGAUUUACGGCAGCGUCGUGAUUGAAUUGGUUUCGCUGAAUACCGCAGCACGGCGGGUUUUCUUUAAAAAAAAAAAUCAACAUGGGUCCCAAGGUCGUUGGUAAAAGUGAGGGGAAAAGGAAAAAGGAGAUGCUUACAAUUGAAAUUAAGAAAGAGAUGAUUGAAAAAUAUGAGCAGGGUGCACGCGUUAGCGAGUUGGCUCGACAAUAUGGCCGGAAUAUGUCAACAAUUUCGACGGUCAUCAAGCAGGCGGAAGCUAUAAAGAAGGUAAACGCCUCCAAAGGGACUACUAUCCUGUCGAAACGUCGUGGCGUUAUUUUGGAGGAGAUGGAACGCCUUUUACUCAUUUGGAUUAAGGAUAAAGAGAUCGCUGGUGAUUCAGUCACUGAAGCAAUAAUCUGUCAGAAAGCGUGCGCUGUUUAUAAUGACUUAAAGACCGCACCUGAAGGGAACGCGGAAGUGGAGAGCCAUCUCGCCGCCGAGGAAGAAUUCAAGGCUUCUCACGGUUGGUUCGAAAAGUUCAAGAAACGGACCGGUAUUCAUUCUGUUGUUCGUCACGGGGAGGCUGCAAGUUGUGACGCCGAGACUGCCAAGGAAUUUGUUCAGCAUUUUGAAAACAUCGUGGAGGAAGGAGGCUACGUGGAGCUGUCUCGGCCGCCUCCGUUCGCCAUGCACCCUAAGUUAAGAACGUGGCUCGCCGCAUCCUCCCUCGGCUCGCCGUAUUCCCUCCUCCUGCAACACCCGCUGUCUCGUUCACCACUCUAAAUCAAGCACGGGCUCGCCGUGUCCUCCUGCAACAUGCGCUGUCUGCUUCGUCUCCAUUCACCGCUUUUACGUUAAGGUGACAAUAAAAAUGCUUUUUUCAAACCACUGAUUGUUGUUAUUAUUAUUAUUAUUACGACUUUUAUUCAUAAUUUAUUUGUUUUGCUUUGUUUAAUUGCUAUUUGUAAUAGUACCAGCAGUAUUUAUAAUGGAUUAGGUUGGGUUUUUGGGCUGUGGAACGAAUUAAUUGAAUUACAAUGUAUUCCUAUGGGAAAAGCCUGCUCAACAUACGACCAUUUCGACUUACAAUCAAGGUCCUGGAACGGAUUAACUUCGUAUGUAGAGGUACCACUGUACUUCGUUGCUGGUUGGGUGAAACAGGUCCUCGUCCACGAAAAUUCGGCAGGAAUCUAUCUUGUGCUUGGAAAGGUGAGUUACAAAAUUUUCAAUUCAAAAUCUUUUGUUAUUGCUAACAUCCACUGUCAAGUCUAAUGUAUUUCAUGUCGUUUGUCAAUGGAGUUAGGGCUUUUAAUGUUUAUAUGGUUUAGCGAUAGCACUCUCACUACAUACAUACGUGUAUGUUGUCGGCGAUUAGCCUAGCAAUGAUCUUAAUUGUGGUUGUCAGCCCAAAACCCUCUAAAUAUAUAUUAAAUGCAUCUUACCAGAUAUAAAAUGACUACUACAUAAUCUGUGGUAAUCGUUUGGAGCCCAGUUUUCUCAUCGAAUUGCAGCAGCCCAUCUCGCUCUCUUUUCUCCGGGUCUCUCGGAAUCCGGUAGAACUUCAAGUCUCUCCGUCUUCUCCGUCUAUCUUCUCUGUUAUUGCAAUCGACCGCCACACACGCCUUCACCAUUUUGAUUAUUAAUGUUAACGAGCAGAAAAACACGUCGUAAAUAGGAGGAAUGUACGUAGCCGUAACAGGUAAACAUGAUGUGUUGACGGACAAUUGGGCAGCACCAGUCAGGAGGAAGGAGUUGUGACGUCACGUGGGUAGGGUCUAUAGUUGUAACCAACGUUUAUUGAGGGUCAGAGAAUAAGACAUAACAGUUGCUCUUAAGAUAUGCCCUCCAGCAAAAUCGCAUUACUGAGCUGCCAAUGC